GAAAGGGUGUGUGUAUGUGAUCAAGCCUCCACCGUAAAAAAGAAGCAAGAAAGAAAAAAAAAAGGUCCACAGAGACACACUCUCUCCUCCUCCUCUCUCUCUUCCGGCGAUUUACUUCAAAUUUCGCAACCGUGCUCCGCCGCAACCUCCAAAAAAUCCACCUCAUCUCCACGAUUCCACGACCUCCUCUCCGCCGCAUCAGCUAACACACUUAUUAUUAUGUAAACGCUCUAUUCCAAAACCAACGAAUCGAGAUCUACCGAUUCCCCCCCCCCUCCCCUCUCAAAUGCUCGCGAAAAAUCGGCUGCCGGGAAGCGGCCACACAACACCGUCACCACCGGGAUCACCUCGCCGCUCUCCUCGUUACCGACGAUCAAAAGCCUCGGGUCGAUUCCCCACUCCUCAGCCGAAUCGGACAACCGUAGCUCAUCGCCUCUCGUGGCUGAUCGUAUCGGUUCUCCUCCGUCGUCAGGGAGUCUUCCUAUUCGCUCCGUUGAUCUACAUCUCGUGUAUGUUGAUUUAUAUGGGAACCGUUUCGUUCGAUGUUGGGCCUAUUAUAAGGCAUCGGUCACCGCCUGGAUCUGUUUAUAAGAGUCCUCAGGUUUAUGCUAAGCUUCGUCCUGAGAUGGAUGCUGAUAAUUCAUCGGCUGAUGCGAUAUCGACUAUUUGGAAACAUUCGUAUAAAGGUGUUGAGUGGAAGCCGUAUGUGAACAAGUCCACUGGAGCCUUGCCUGAGUCUAAUGGUUAUAUAUAUGUUGAGGCAAACGGGGGAUUGAAUCAGCAGAGGACAUCGAUAUGCAAUGCGGUUGCUGUGGCGGGCUAUCUUAAUGCAACUCUAGUGAUUCCCAACUUUCACUAUCACAGCAUAUGGAGAGAUCCAAGUAAAUUUGGGGACAUAUACGAUGAAGAGUUCUUUGUCAGUGCCUUAGCAAAUGAUGUGCGGGUGGUUGAUACAAUUCCUGAAUAUAUAAUGGAGCGAUUUGACUAUAACUUGACAAAUGUCUACAACUUCAGAGUUAAAGCUUGGUCACCUAUUCAAUACUAUCGGGACUCGAUCUUGCCGAAGCUACUUGAGGAGAAGGUUAUACGAAUAUCCCCAUUUGCAAAUAGACUUUCGUUUGAUGCUCCUAAACCUGUCCAGAGACUUAGAUGUUUGGCGAAUUAUGAAGCCCUGAGGUUUUCGGAACCCAUACUAACCCUAGGAGAAACACUGGUGAAGAGAAUGAAGGAGCAGAGUGCAAACCACGGAGCAAAGUACGUAUCUGUACAUCUGCGCUUUGAAGAGGACAUGGUAGCUUUCUCCUGUUGUGUAUUUGAUGGUGGUAACCAAGAAAAACAAGACAUGAUUGCAGCAAGAGAACGAGGGUGGAAAGGAAAAUUCACAAAGCCAGGCCGUGUUAUUCGACCUGGUGCUAUCAGGCAAAAUGGGAAGUGUCCGUUGACUCCUUUAGAGGUGGGGUUAAUGCUUAGAGGAAUGGGUUUCAACAAAAGCACAUACAUUUACCUUGCAUCUGGUCAGAUAUAUAAUGCGAAUAAAACAAUGGCCCCACUACUAGAGAUGUUCCCGAAUUUACAAACAAAGGAGAUGCUUGCCUCAGAGGAGGAACUUGCUCCAUAUCAGAACUUCUCUUCCAGAAUGGCUGCAAUAGAUUACACGGUCUGUCUCCACAGUGAGGUAUUUGUGACCACACAGGGUGGAAACUUUCCUCACUUUCUCAUGGGUCAUCGAAGAUACUUGUUUGGAGGACAUUCCAAAACUAUUAGACCGGACAAGCGAAAGUUAGCAAUCAUCUUUGACAAUCCCAACAUUGGAUGGCGAAGUUUUAAACGUCAGAUGCUAAACAUGAGGUCUCAUAGUGACUCAAAGGGGUUUGAGCUAAAAAGACCUAAUGACUCCAUUUACACAUUCCCUUGCCCUGACUGCAUGUCCCGUAGGAACAAAACAACGACCCAAGAUACUAGGCCACCUUCUGCGUCCUGAAAACACACACAUUCAAUUCAUUCAAAGGGGUUUGUAAUUUUAAUUCUUUCAAAUCAGAGUGGGAUUGGGGACUUGGCCUGUCCAUAGUUUUAGGGGAAAGCAGCUGGAGGGGCUGCAAAAUCGUCUAUUUAUCUCGGGGAAGGGUGGCCAAGGAGUAACCGCCACAACAUUGUUUGAUACGUUUUGACACAUUGAAAAGCUGAUGAAACUAACAGGAGAGAAAAAAAUGAAGGUUUAGUUCAAUCCCUGACUACUGCUGCUGGGCAAAGAAUAGGACAGCGUUUGGAUAUUGUUUUUUUUUUGGUGUUUUGUGAUUUGAAGCGUUUGCGUUUUGUACAUUGUGUAAACGCAGACGAUAGUCUUUGGUGUUAGGAGAUAUGUAGAGACGGGCUGGAGGAGAGAAGAAGCUGCCUCGAAAGUUUUGUACAUUGGUUUGGUUAGAGAGACCAUCGUGUCCUUUUUUUGGGUUUAUUGAAAUUCUUUUGUUCACAGGAUUUUAAUUGUUUCCAUCAUAUUCUUACGAUUCUUUCCAGGUGAAUCUUGUUUAGGAAAUAAAUUCCUAAUAUUGAUUUGAUUCUUUCUUUUACUCAGUUUAUUUCUGCUUGGUCGAUGUAGUUCUUUCUUU